AAAUGACCAGUGUGAAAUUCCAUUUCCAUCAGGGGUCUCCGCGCAAACUAGCUGAGGACCGGCGACCGCCAACGGAGGACACCGGGGAGGAUCUUCUACUCCGCCGACGACAGAGGUGGUUUAACUGUGACCUGUACGAAAAGCUUGGGAUCGUUUGAUGCGUUGAGACCAUGAAGCAGCAAGCGCAGGGGAUUUCGAGUGGCAUGUACAGAUACAUGCAUCGCUGCGAGAGUGGAGUUAAUAUUCAUGAUGUCUUUGUGGAGAGGAGCGCGUUCCGGGUGCUGUUUUCAUAUGUCGGUGUGAUGUGUCUUCUUGCGAAUGUUUCCCAUACCUUGUUGUCGAAGGAGAGUUUAUGCCUUGGUUCCUUUUGGAGUGUUCCGUUUUCUGCUAUCGUCGCUAAAUGCUUGCAAUACAAGCCUGUGAAGAAAGUGCUUAUAUGUGCAGAGUCAUUGGUGAUCAUGCCAGCUUUUGGUAUUCAGCUAGAACAGCACUUUUGGAGUGGAAGAGUAGAUCGCAAGUUUGUGCCCAUCAGCAAGAUCCUACAGCCGGUGCUGAAUGAGUGUGUGACCCCCGUUACAUGCUACUGGAGCUUGGCAUUGCUUCUACGCGAUGAAGACGAGACCAUGCUCGUUUUUCAGAACCUGCAUCCACCCGUCAAACUGUUGCUCCCAAUCUGGAAAGCUCUGUGCGCAUUCACAAACUCCGGCAGCAUUGGCCCUUCGGUAGUUCUUCAACAAGAUGAUUUGCAUAAUCAUGUUGAUGGGGAUGGUGCUGUGGACUCCUGAAUAGUUCCCUGAAGACCUCUCUCUCUCUGCCGAGUGACAACAGGAUGUUCAGUUGUGUCACCACUAACUGAAGAUCAAUUGUCAAGUGGAGGAUUUUGGUGAUACCACCAGGGGUCUGAGCCUCUGAUCCUUCCGGUCGGUCCGACCGAAUUAUUUCUCUUUAGCUGCAGAAGAAAUUGAACGCUCCACUUGUAACUUUGUCCUGUCCAUGUGGUAUUUCUGUCCACCGAAGGAGAUUCACAACAGAAUGUACCAUAAUGCCUUUUUCAGUUCCUAGAUGGGAGUCCAUGUUCUGGGGUGCAAAUGUAGUGACACUGUAAGGAUGGUCCAACUGCUGAUAAUAAAAUCUUGGGCACUUGCAUGCAGUCA